UCAGCGAUGGCGUCUGCUGAUCUGAGACGGGAGCUGAACUGUUCCAUCUGUCUGUGUACUUAUACGGAUCCUGUAAUGCUAAGAUGUGGACACAACUACUGCCGGGUCUGUAUUGAUCGUGUGUUUGAUACACAGGAGAAAUCUGGAGGCUAUUCCUGUCCUGAGUGCAGAGAAGAGUUUCAGGAUCGGCCUGUACUGCAGAGGAACAUAACACUGCGAAACAUAGCGGAGACUUUCCGAUCUACUCAUCCAGAUCUGGAGAAGACAACUGGAAUCUUCUGUACUUACUGUAUUCACUCUCCUGUACCUGCUGUUAAAUCCUGUCUGCAUUGUGAAGCUUCUCUGUGUGAUGAUCACCUGAGAGUCCACAGCAAAUCACCAGACCACGUCUUAACUGAACCCACCACUUCCAUGGAGAAGAGAAAAUGCUCCGUCCAUAGAGAACUACUUAAAUAUUACUGCAUUGCAGAUGCUGCCUGUAUCUGUAUGUCCUGCAGUUUGGCCGGACAACACCAGGGACACAAGGUGGAGACUCUGGAUGAGGCCUCUGAGAAGAAGAGACAGAAACUGAGAACUGGUCUUCAGAAACUGAUCACAGAGAGAGAGGAGACUGAGAGAAGAGUCCAGAGUCUGCAGGAACGCAGGAGAAAAGUACAAGAAAAAUCAGCCGGUGUAACAGAGAGAGUCACUGCCCUGUUCAGAGACCUCAGGAGACAUCUGGAAGACCUGGAGAAGAGAGUCCUGAGGGAGAUCUCCAGGCAGGAAGAGCGGCUCUCACAUCCAUUGUCUGACCUGAUCCAGAAGCUGGAAAUAAAGAAGGCCGAGCUGUCCAGGAAGAUGGAUCACAUUGAGGAGAUGUGUAACAUGACUGACCCACUGACUGUCUUACAGGAAUCAGACACAGGGGACUUGUGUGAUACUGAGGAGGGAGAUGAUGACGGAGAGAGACAUGAUAAACUCCUCUAUGAUGGGGGGGAUCUGGAUGUGGCUGAUCAAAAACGAAUAAACUGUCCACAAAAGAAAUAUAGUGUGGUCACCAACCUGCCCCUAACCUUUGAUUUGCGAGUGAAGAAUCAGCUGCAAACCAAUAAGUUUGCAGUAGAUAAAAGCUGA